GAUGGAACGUGAAAUAACGUUGUACCUUGGAGUGGUUUGAAUGAGUAUGUAGUGAUGAUGCUAUUGUUGUACGCGUACUUGAAGAAGUGCGUGUCGAUUAUGGUCGUGCACGCCGGCGGUGACGAAGCGCAGCUUGUGUCGGCCCUCAAGCACAUUGCAGACUCGGCCGAGGUGGCCCCCGUCGAUACAACUGAAACGACGCUGCUCCAACUGUUUGACCGCACAGAGCACCUACCAGAGUACGAGACCGAGUCGAGUUUUGCGGCGCUGUGUGCGACCAUGUUUCGCAAGGUGACUGGGUCAAAAUGGGGGCGAAAGCACCCGACGCCGCACUUGGCUUGUGAUUUGCAUCUGCCGCUGUUCAGUCGCAAGGCGGUGCACGUGCUGGCCAAGUUUUGCCUGACUUUGAACGCGUUUUACUUUGGCUUUCUGUUCCAGGCGUUUAUGGUGCUACUGCGCAAGGCCCGCGGGUGGUCACUCGGCGUCAUUGCAUCGCAACUGGCGCUUUUGCUCGUCAACAUGACGCUGUUGAGUCCACGGAUCAUUCGGCAGUUCGCGCUCAUUAACGGCAUCGUCCGCGUAUGCCCCGGUGAACUCAAGCAAGUUCUCGAGCACUUUACAGACGUUCUGGAGCUACAAAGGCGGAUGGUCAACGCCAUCCACCGCCACACAACCACCCAUCGACUUGACUUGCACGAGUUGCUCGCCGAGUUGCAAAGCCACGACCCGACCCAAUCACGAUUUGUUGAACGAGAUGUGCUCCGACAUGUCAUUGCCAACUACGGGUUCAAGUUCUCGAAACUCAAGUUCAACACGUUUGUGAGGUUGCAAUGCAAGACCCACGGCACCCAAGUGCGAUACGAUUUGUUCUUUAAAGUGCUGGAACGCGAAGCCGCGGCGCUGUCGGUCGAACAAGCUCAACGGAAAAGACGACCCGUACAGACCACAUCCGAGUCGCCCACUAUUUCCCACUUGAUCUGA